UUUACUUAAAAUUUGGAUUGGAUUUAUAUAAAAUCUCGGUUUUGAACCCGAAGAAAAGGUGAAAUGUUAGAGCAUGAUUAUCGCCAAAACCCCUAAGGGGUUUCUUUACAAUAUUUUAGUAAUAUAUUUGGGCUAAAAACUUUAUUAGAAACCCAAUGUUUUUGGGUGGUCCAUUGGUAAAAUUAUUUUUGGUUAAAACAAAAAAAAAUUGAAGAUAAGCUUUUGCCUUCUGCAAUCGACCAAGCGAAUACUUUGAUUCUCAAGCAAUGAUGAAGCGAUCAAUCAGCUAAGUCUUUGGACCUUCUUCAGUGAGUACACUCGAUUCCGCCAAUAAAAACCGCAGUAAGAAGACUGCCAUGAACGAGAUCGGGACGGGAGAGAGACAAAGGAUAUGACUGUGGUGAACGAGAUCGUGAGUGGAAUCAGCGAAUUAGAGAUUGGGAGCGGGAGGAGGAGGCCAAGGCUCGGAAGAAGGCGCAAGUUGAGAAGUUAGUAGAGUGAGAGAGGGAGAAGACGACCAUCGACGCCGGGGAGAUGAUGAUUGAAAUGAAAAAUUUUCUCCACAAGAUUUUUUAACCAAUGAUAUGGUACCACCUGGAGACGGGUAAAUUCUUAGACAUAGAGAUUGAGAGAGAUGAAUAUUGAGGCUAGAGUCGGUGUGGCGGUGGAUGGAGCUCAGAGCGUUGUGGAUGCCGGAACCAUGAGUUUAUCACAGAAACAGCCGCAGAUUAAGCCGCAGGCUCACUUCGGCAUCGUUGAGAAUCUCCUCGCCGGUGGUAUUGCCGGCGCCUUCAGCAAGACCUGUACCGCUCCUCUAGCUCGCCUCACCAUCUUGUUUCAGCUGCAAGGUAUGCAUUCAGAAGCUGCAGUGUUAAGCAGGCCAAGUUUAUGGCGUGAAGCUUCCCGUAUUAUUAACGAGGAAGGAUUUAGAGCCUUUUGGAAAGGAAAUCUUGUUACUGUAGCCCACAGGCUUCCCUACUCUGCACUGAACUUCUAUGCAUAUGAAAAAUACAAUAAAUUUUUCUAUUCGAAUCCAGUCUUACAGAGUUAUAUUGGAAACGCGAGUAGCAGCCCGUUUGUGCACUUUGUAAGUGGUGGCUUGGCUGGAAUAACAGCUGCUUCAGCUACAUAUCCUCUCGAUCUUGUUAGGACACGUCUUGCUGCUCAGAGAAAUGCAAUGUAUUACCAGGGUAUUGGGCAUGCAUUUCGUACCAUAUGCAGAGAUGAGGGACUUUUGGGUCUAUAUAAAGGACUUGGUGCUACAAUGUUGGGUGUUGGGCCAACCCUUGCAAUCAACUUUGCUGCGUAUGAGUCUAUGAAAUCAUAUUGGCGAUCUCAUAGGCCAAAUGAUUCAACAUUGAUUGUUAGUCUUGGUUGUGGAAGUCUAGCUGGAGUUGCUUCUUCAACAGCUACGUUCCCAUUGGAUCUUGUGAGAAGAAGAAUGCAAGUAGAAGGAGCCGGUGGAAGAGCGAGGGUGUACAACACGGGACUCUUAGGGACAUUCAAACACAUAUUCAAGACAGAAAGCAUCAGAGGGCUGUACAGAGGAUUAUUGCCUGAAUAUUACAAAGUGGUUCCUGGCGUUGGCAUCACCUUCAUGAUAUACGAGUCUUUGAAGAUGCUCUUGUCUCCUCCUGCCCCUUAUACUUAGAGGAAUUUAGUGCUUUAGCUUGCUUUAUAUUAGGAGAAGAAAGGAACAACAAAUUUGUUUCCUUCGCCCAUCUUUUCAAACCCCUUUGCCUUUAGUAGGAAAUUUUACUGUUCUUAGUGCCGUGAAAAAGAGAGAGAGAGAGCAGAUUCUCCAGUGUAUAGGUUAGUUGCAUUUGGGUGUUUAACAUUCAAAUGCAUCAUUACACUGUUUUUCCACGCGAGCAAUCUCCUGACAUAACAAUUUUGUCUUCUCAUUUGCUAUUUGACUCUAUUCCUUCACCAAUUUUACACUUAAUGAUACAGUAAG